AUGUCCCGUUCCCAAAUAAUCCACAGUGGCCACUUCAUGGUCUCGGAACCCCACGCCGAGUCGGACCCCGAUCCAGAUCUCGGUUCCGAAGAGGCCAUCAGCUCGGCCGAGCGAGCCGGUCGUUUAGGCCUGCAAAGCUGCGCGGCCGAGCGAGGCAGGGGACCCGGGGCUGGAAAAAUUGUAUCUCCCAAAUGGAAAACCUUCAAGGGGCUGAAAUUGCUGCAGCGUGACAAGAUUCGGCUCAAUAAUGCUAUUUGGAGGGCAUGGUAUCUACAGUAUGUGGAGAAGAGGCAGAAUCCUGUGUGCAGUUUUGUGACUCCCCUAGAGUGUAGUGACAUAGAUCAGCAUCGCAAGCCUGAAGCUGUCAUCAUGGAAGGAAAGUAUUGGAAACGCCAGGUUGGGGUUGUUAUUAGGGAAUAUCAUAAAUGGAGGACAUUCUUCCAUAUUCGGGAGCAGAAGAAGUUUGACAAACCAAUCUGUGAUCCUAGUCAGGAGGUGUCUGAUGCAAUUUCGGAGGUAGAAUUCAACAAUGAAACAGCAAGUGGAGGUCCUAUGGAGCUUGAUCCCUUACAUGAUCUGGAUGUACUUCUGGACACCAUGGUCUCCAGCCGCAACCCUUAUGGUGGUCCCAAUUUACGUGGUCUUGCUCACCAGGGUAAUGCUGACAUGAUCCAGCCUACUCUGACCCAACUUCACCCCAAUUUUGGAGAAGAAUUUGUGAACACUUUGGAUCCUAUUCAGGAAUUUAUUACUUCUUGUCGUCCUCAACCUAUAUUCCAGGUUCCUGCACCUCUGCCAGAUGCUACUGCCUUACACCAGGACGCCUCCAAUUUGCCUUCUGUUGCCUCUCAUGCUAAGGAGCUCCCACCAUUGGGAGACCCACUUCUGGAUGUAGAGCUGCCUACACCUCUGACUGGACAGCAGAUCUUCUUGCCAUUCUUCCCCACCUCUCCACCAAGGAUCAGCCCUCCACCUGCCCCUCCUAUCUUGCAUCUUCAGCCACAAACCACAUUUGUAUUUUCUGUUGUUACUAACACUGGAUUGGAAAAGACCUUGCCAUCCCCUUCUGGGGAACCUUUUGUUAUGCCAAACUGUGGUUCCUCAUCCAAGGGUGGAGGGGUCAGGCAGCUUCAGCGGAUUGCUCCAGCACCUUCUCCUACUCAUCAUCAGCCAGCAACACCCCAGGCUUCCUUCACUCCACUACCUACAGCUGGUCCUGUCCCACUGGCCCUCACUCCAGUUACAAAAUCUGUUCAGAUUUGUGGCAACUCAAAUCUCUCAGCUGAUGUCCUACUGAGGUCAGUCUCCAUUACAAAGGAGCCUUCACCAGUGCCUGUCUCAGCUGCUGCCUUGCUUGAUAUUGGUUCCUCAACCCAGAAGAUGGCCAAGGAGAAGAAUCUGUGUAGUCACCAGGAAAAAUACAAACAUAAUCCUGUUCAGGGAAGCUGCCGAUCAAGUUUUACUUCUGCUGACUGUGCUCGUCGUAUGAUCAUUAGCUCAGGCUUUAACACUCUUGCCAGUCUAGUACUGUCAGGAGCUGAUCAAACCAGCACUAAGCUCAGCAAAGCGCUGCUCUUGCAGAAAAGUGUAGCAUAUGUAGGAAGACUCCAGCAAGAACGCCGACAAAAUCAGGAAAUGGUAGAAAGACUGCGUGGAGAAAUUGAAGAGUUGAGCACUGCCAUUGAUAAAUUCCAGCGCCAACUUCCACCUAGUGGAGCUCCUGUAUUACCUCCACAAUCAAAUCAGGCUUCUGAACUCUAUGAAGAAUAUGUACGUCAGCGCACAUUAGAGGACUGGCGUUUUUGGAUUUUCAGUGUUAUAAUUAAGCCACUGUUUGAGAGCUAUACCAGAAUGGUGAACACAGGCAGCAUCAAGGAUUUCUGCCAAUCAGUGAUGAACUGGUUGGAGCAGCACUGCACAUUACCCAUCUUGCGCCCUGCUAUCUCUGGCUCUCUUCUGCAGCUGAGCAAAAUCACAUCAAUACUGACUCAGCCAAGCCAUCUGCCUGGACAAGCUCUACGGGCAGUAUCUUCUCCACAGAGCAAGAGCAACAACUAGGAUGAAGAUCUGGCUUCCUUCCCCCAAAGGUUGCUAGGAAUCCAGAAUAAGAACCUCUAACUCAGGAAAUCCCUUCAUCCUGGAAAUAAGGACAUUGUAACAAUAUUGGUGCUAGCUAUUCCAUAGCAGGGAAUCUCUGGGGACCACCUUUGGUGCUGGUCAUCAUGGCAGAACAGUGGAAGAGUAGAGGGAACUGGACAAGGUACGGAGUUAAAAUUGUAGAAAGGAGUCAUCAGGCAUGGCUUUCAAGAUUUUUAUAGAACUGGGAAGAGUGUGGGUCUCCAUUUCCACAGUUUUCCCACCAGGGGGCAGUAAAGAUACUUAGCAUGAUUCAGUUUCUCACAAAAUGUGAAAGUUUAUGGCUGGCAGUCCCUGAUGUGAGUGCAUAAUUACAGGUAAUC